GCCGGCGACGACGGCGACGUUCCGGCGCGGCGCAAGCUGUCGAGAGUGUCGUUUUCGUUGACGCAACAUCGAUCGCGCACCUCCACGGUUCGUAGCCUUCGCAUUUCCCGGCGAGUUUCAACGCAAUCAAGUUUUUAUCCUCCGAGAAAAUUUCGAAAAAGGAACGAGACAGCUGACAAGUAGACUUCCUGUCUAUAUCUCCAAUUGCGCGUGAUAUUCGCCGCGACUUCCGAUGUAUGCACCGCAAAGUGACGAUUACGAAGAGCUCCGACAAGUCUCAGCAACCCUACAAAUGAAAGAGUAGAGGAGGAACGGGAGGAACCAUCGUUUACAGGGUGCAAAUUCUUUGUGCGUCGUCCAAUGUGUUGUCAAAAUUCAUCGAGGAAAUAUUAAUGGCAAUUGAAUCGCGUCGCUGUUGUAGGUUUAGAUGUUAUAGAGAUUGAUAUUUAACGAAGAGAGGAAUAAAAGGCCCUAUGAAUAGCUAUCAAGGAAUAUGAAUGAUCGUAAUUCGUCGGCGGCUGCAUCGAUGCAAGACUCUUUCCGAUAACGGCGUCGAUCGCAGACGUCGAUGAUUAACAUCAUCAUCAUCGGCUUUAACAUUGACAACGACUAUACAUCGAAAUCAUGGACAAACAGGAGUUCUUUGCUAAUCUACAUUAUCUGCCAAUUGCCGUUUUUAUCUCAUUGCCGACGAUCUUCAUUUUAACAUAUGUAAUCGCUGUUUUACUAGGACAUGUAGAAGCUGGUUUUCCUUACAUCUCCGAUGCAGCAACUUAUGCACCAGAGAGUUGCAUUUUCUCUCAAACUGUCAAUCUGAUUGCUAUUCUCAUGUUCCUUAUGAUCUAUAUAAGAUAUUCCCAAGUUAAAGAGUGCACCAGCACCUACGGUUCACCAGCCUCCUUGCCAAAAUGGAAUCAUUGGGCCUUAAUAUUCGGCCUCGCAUCAACCGCCGGUUUAUCAAUUGUCGCGAAUUUUCAAGAAACUUCAGUAAUCGUAGUUCAUCUCAUCGGCGCAGUGCUCUGCUUUGGAGGUGGUACCGCAUAUUUUUGGACUCAGGCCAUAUGUUCAUUUUACUUGUACCCGUCAGGAUGCUCAUUACGACUCGCGCAUCUUCGCACGGCAUUAUCGACCUUCUGUACAGUGUGCUUCUUCGUGAUUCUCAUCACAGGCGUGUUGGCCCAUCUCGCUUAUAAGGGAACGAAUCCUCGAAAAUGGUACAAAGAGGACGGUGGCUGGGAAUUGCAUGUGGCUAGUACGGUAACCGAAUGGCUUUGCGCGAUGGCAUUUUGUGCUUAUAUCCUGACGUUCACGGAAGAAUUUAAGGACAUUAGGAUAAGUCCCCCAAAGGUAAUAUGUAACGCGUACCGUCUAAGAUCGAGUAACGAAGCGCUGAACGAGAGCCAAGACUCCGCUGUGAUUCACGAUCAGAUAAAUCCAUCGAUCAGUACCUGAUCGCUUGUAGGCAGAGGCGCCGGUAACUACGUCAAUCUUCUCU